AUGGCCGCUGCUCGCCAUUCUCGUGAAAAGUACGGACUUGAGACCAAUUACUCCAACCCGUUCAUAUCGCUGACCAGUGUCUCCGAGGGUGCCGCGAGCAUUAGGGAAGCUAACAGAGACAGAGCUGUGACUAAAUGUGAACAUAUGAACCCAUUCCUGUGUGCCGAAAGUUGUGCUAACACACACGCUAAUGGAGAGUGUGUAUUCGCGCCGCCCGAUGGUCCUGCCCGGCCGCAGUUUUCCCGCACGAAUCCCUUCGUUGAUGCUGAAUGCCGCAGCUACGGCCGUGAGAGAAACACAGGCAGCAGCAUGAACUAUUAUCCAGCUCCUACUCCCCAAAUGAAAAUCCACUAUCCAGACUCAAACCCAUUUUCCUCCGCUCACAUGGACAGUUUUGUACACAGCACACCAGCUCAGUUUAACGCAAUGUUAAAUACACCCAUGCAAUGUAUGCCUUCCAGUAGCCUUAAUGAAGCCAUUAGCUAUGGGGAAAUCACUGCACAGCAUAAACCCCGCUCGAAACCAGGCAAGACCCGCUGUGUGCCCCGUCAGCCCCCAUCUGACAGUGAAGAGGAUGGUGACACUAGAGAGAGAGUCCCCACCCUACGUCCGGGCCAAUAUGACGGCACCACACCGUGGAAGGAAUUUCUGCACAGGUUUGAGAGCUGCGCUGAAGCCAACUAUUGGUCAGAAAAAACAAUGACAACUCAGCUUAAAUUCUGCCUAGUUGGAGCAGCAGGGGCCAUUAUCCACAGAAAUCCCCGCUCAUCCAAAUGGGAUUACCGCCGCCUGGUGGACGAACUGGAAACUGCAUAUGGCGCUUCUUCUGACCAUGCAGCUGCUGUUGCUGUAGAACUGAGGCAGCGAGUGCGUAAACCUGGUGAGGCCCUGCAUGUUUUCAGAGAUGACAUUUAUGGGAAAGUGGCUGUUGCAUAUGGUAAUAGAGCAGAGAUUGAACAAGACUCUAUAGCUGUUGAAGUUUUCACCAAUGGGCUGGGUGAUGCAGAAAUAGUACAGAAGUUGCUAGAGAGGCACCCAGCCACACUUGCCUGCGCAUACGAAAUAGCCCACCGACACGAAACCACUAAAAGGGCUGCAUCUUAUGUAACCAGUGCCAUGCAGCAAGGAGCCCGUAACGCAGCUGAACGCCGGCCCCGAGCUGCCGUCGUCAGAGAAAAAGACAGAGAUGAGACUGUUGCUGAGCAUGCACCUGCAGCUAGCCCCUCACCGAAUCGUUUUGUCCCACACAGACCCUCGACAACACCGAACAAUCACAGAAAUUUUAAAAGGAGUGGGGUUCGCUGCCAUAACUGUCAAGGUUGGGGCCAUGUCCAAAAGCAGUGCCCUUCUCCUCACAAAACCACCAAGGCCUUAACAUUGAACAGUAGCCCUUGGGACAGCCCAAAACCCACUGUGCUCCACCUUAAGUGCCAAAGCCAAGAAAUGAGUAUCCCCAUGCGCCUCUACGAAGUGGAGGUAUGUGCUGUUUUGGACAGUGGAGCCCGGAGGAGCGUGCUGCCGCUGCCCUACUACAACUCCAUCCACCCAGACGUGAGACCACCACUACAGCCCUCAGUUGUUGAGACCUUGCUUGGUGUGGGACCUGGGGACGUGCCGGUGCUAGGUGAAGCCCAGAUACCUGUCAAUAUCAACAAUCGACAGGUGGAUGUUGAUUUCUUGGUGGCAGAUAUAGCAGGAAAUGAGGUGCUGCUUGGGCAUCCCUUCCUCACUCAAGCUGAAGCACGUCUUGAUUUCGGCAAACGCCGCAUCAUCCUUUUCGGUGAAGAGGUGCUCUACUACCAAAUCGAAGCCAGUACAAAGUCACAUGCAGUGAGAAUAGUUAGAACUGUGGUGGUGGAACCGGGGCAAGAGUAUAUGGUGAAAGGCAACGUGCAUCCUGGUGCAGCAGCUCGAGGUGACAUGAUGCUUAGUCCCACCAAAGGUUUUGUUGAGAAGCACAAAGUACUUAUCGCCAGAGUCCUAGUCAACGCACAGCCUUCUAAAGCUGUCCCACUUCGCCUUUUUAACCUUGGCAAUAAAGCAGUAACAAUUAAGGCGGGAUCCAUUGCCGGGCUCCUCCAGCCAGCUGAGGCCGUGGAACCCUCCAUGGUCUCCCCAGCUGCAGACUCUCUGACCAGCCCUCCUGUGGUUCCUCUGCACCUGCAGGAGCUCUAUGCCCAGAGCUCCACAGACCUCAAUGACUAUGAACAGCUCCAACUGAAACGCUUGCUUUGCACUUAUGGACAUGUGUUUUCUACAGGGCCUGCUGACCUGGGCCGAACCAGCCUUGUGCAGCAUGACAUCAUAACCCAUCCUGGUGCCCCAGUCAAACAAAAUCCACGAAGAAUGGCAGGGGAAAAGCAGCAAAAUGCUGAUCAGCAGAUCUACGACAGUCUACAGAGCGGUCUUGCCCAACGCAGCUGCAGCAGCUGGGCCUCGCCCAUCGUUAUGGUGCGUAAGAAAGAUGGGACAUACCGUCUCUGCAUUGACUACAGGGCUCUCAACGACCGCACCAUAACAGACGCCUACCCGCUGCCCCGCAUCCAGGACACGCUGGACACACUCUCAACUGCCAGAUGGUUCAGCACAUUAGACCUCGCAUCUGGCUACUGGCAGGUUGAGCUGACGCCUAGAGCACGCAGGGCCGCCGCUUUCUGCACUAGGACAGGCCUCUUUGAGUGGAACGUCAUGCCAUUUGGACUAUGCAAUGCCCCGGCAACGUUCCAGCGGCUGAUGGACCGCGUCCUGGCUGGCAUGCAGUGGGAGACCUGCCUGGUCUACUUGGACAUCAUCGUGCUGGCUAAGGACGUGUCGGGGAUGCUGCAACGGCUUGGCCAGGUAUUCUAUAGACUUCAACAAGCUAACUUGAAACUGAAACCUGCCAAAUGCUGCCUCUUUCGCCGCGAAGUUGCUUAUCUUGGCCAUGUGGUAUCCGAGCAUGGUGUGGCUACCGACCCCAGCAAAGUUCAAAAGGUUCAGAUGUGGCCCACACCUACGUCCAUCCAGGAGGUCAGACGCUUCAUCGGCCUGGCCUCAUAUUACCGCCGGUUUGUGAAAGAUUUUGCCUCUAUAGCCGAACCCCUGCACAACCUGACCAAGAAGAAUGCACAUUUUCAGUGGCAUGCUGAGCACCAAGCAGCUUUCGACAAGCUGAAGUGUCGACUCACCUCUGCCCCUGUUCUUGGCUAUCCACUUGACCAUGGAGAAAUGACACUAGACACUGAUGCCAGCGACACUGGCAUCGGCGCGGUGCUGUCACAGAUGCAACAGGGCGUGGAACGUGUGCUGGCAUAUGGCAGUCGUAAGCUAUCAAGAACUGAACAAAACUACUGCACCACACGACGUGAACUACUAGCCGUCGUGGAUUUCACGUCCCACUUUCGCCAGUAUCUCCUUGGACGGCCUUUCAAAGUGCGCACAGACCACAGCAGUCUACGGUGGCUAACAAAAAUGAAAGAGCCAGAGGGACAAUUAGCUCGAUGGCUCGAGAAGCUUGCCGAGUACAACUUUGAGAUCAUCCACCGUCCAGGUCGAGUGCACACCAAUGCUGAUAGCCUCUCCAGAAGACCCUGUCGCCAGUCUUGUCCAUGCAGAGUGCAGGACCCCCCCAAGCAUCUCGGGGGGACCAGUCAUCAGGCAGUUCAAUGCGAGUUGGACUCUGACACCAGCUCCCUGUUGCUGAGUCCGGUGAGGGUGGAGGGACAACCGGCUACUACAGCGGUGUGUCUAGUGGGGGUAAGUCAUAACACCACCACACCAGAAACAAAGACUUUAGACCAAACUGCUCUUACAAAGUCAGACAUUUUAUGUCAAAACACUUCUAUCAACACAGACAUCUCAGAACAGACAAUUCACACUAGAACAGACAUAUCACACCAGAACAUGUCCACUAAUACACAUACUGUAAAGCUGACUGAGAAAGUAUAUGUGGCUAAAACCCUUGAUACUGCUUCUCUGUUUCAUGGUUGGACCAUGGGGGAGCUGAGCCAAGCCCAGGACGCUGAUGCAGACAUUGCACCCAUACGCGCCUGGAUGGAGGCCAGCAGUGAGCGCCCCCCAUGGACUAUUGUUUCACCAUGCAGCCCAGCAACUAAGACAUACUGGGCUCAAUGGAAACGGCUCUACUUCAGAGAUGGAGUUCUGGUCCGUCGCUUCUACUGCCUUGACGAGACCCAGUUCUAUCCCCAAAUCGUACUGCCACGUAAGCUACAACCAGAAGUGAUGGGCCAGAUGCACGAAGGGCCAGUGGGUGGACAUUUUGGUGUCGAGAGGACUGUGGCCAGACUACGAACCCGAUUCUAUUGGUAUCACAUGAGGGAAGACGUCGCUCUUUGGUGCCGUACUUGUACCAGCUGUGCAUCCAGGGCCCGACCCCAGAAGACACCGCAAGCUCCGAUGGGAACUGUCCGGGUAGGAGCCCCAAUGGAGCGCGUUGCGCUGGACAUUAUGGGACCACUGAAUGAGACAGAGCGCAGAAACCGAUAUGUGCUUGUGAUACAAGACUACUUUACAAAGUGGACUGAAGCCUUUCCUAUCCCAGAUGAACGGGCUGCAACCGUUGCCGAGGUCGUUGCGUCUGAGUGGGUGUGCCGCUACGGGAUACCUCAAGCACUACACAGUGAUCAGGGACGCAAUUUUGAAUCUGAUGUGUUCCAAGGGGUGUGCAGUUUGUUUGGCAUAGAUAAGACUCAUACAACGCCAUUCCGACCCCAGUCAGAUGGCCAGGUUGAACGUUUCAAUGCCACUCUCCAGAAGAUCCUGGCCUCCACAGCAGAGCGUUGUCAUUGGGACUGGGACCUGAUGAUCCCGUACGCUGUUAUGGCCUACAGGGCGACCAAACACAGUGCUACAGGUUUCACCCCGAACUUCAUGAUGUUUGGCCGAGAACUGAGUGAGCCAGUGGACCUUGUCGCAGGUCUACCUCCUGAUCCAGGCAACCAACCCUCAGUUCCAGAGUAUGUGCAGCAAAUGCGUGAGCGGCUGGAGCUGGCCCACCUCAUCGCCAGGGAAGCCCUGGGUGAGUCAGUCAAGCGCGCAAAAAGGCAAUAUGACAAGAACUGUUGCCACACACAGUAUAAGACUGGAGAUCCUGUGUGGUAUCUCAUCAAAGGAACACGUCACGUCAAGAACAAGGUCAGAAAGUUCCUCCCAUCGUAUGAAGGACCAUUCUUUGUCCUGGGACAAUUGGAUGACCUAGUUUAUCGGAUCCAGAAGAACCCAAGGUCUAAAGUGAAAGUUGUCCACCAUGACCAGCUAAAGCAUUAUCGCUGCCGCGAGCCACUGGACAAUACCUGGGUCCUUGAUCAGGCUCAUCAGUGGUCCCCUACAGAGGUCCCACCACCAGCUUUAGAAGAUGACCCAGCAGACCGUGAUCUGGGUCUGCACAGUCUGUUCUCUACUGCAACUGGCAAUGCCCCAGCUCCUCUCAGCCUUCUGUCUCAGUUGCAGCUGAUCCCGCUCUGGUUGUGGUUGUCCCAUCGUCCCCUUCCCAUGUAG